AUGGCGGCGGUGAAAUCAGCGGCAGCAGAGCUGCGCGUGCCAAAUUCCCUUUUCCCUCCUCCUCCCAGCAACCCCCUUCUCGGGGGGGGUCACUGCGGCCGCCCUACAAAAGGCCCAGCCGCAUCGCCAGCAAAGUCAGGGAGAUCCCGGCCCACUACUCUACGUGUCCAAGAGAUGAAGACAUUAAGACUGGCAGGGAGGGGCGCACAACCGCUGUGUAAAAACGACCCUAACAGUGACCGCCCUUUCACUUCAGUACCCCUCAAACAGUAUGCCAAAAGGGAGACGUGCCCCAGCGCCCACCUCGAAUCAACUGCGCUCAUUAGACGCCAUCCUCCGCAAAGAGAGCAGCCCCGGCCGCUCACGAUCUGAGCGGCCAUGAAGAAGCCUCGAUCCGAGAAGGCUUGCCCUCAAAGUGAGCCACUCACCUACCGGACGGGGUCUUUGGCGGCUGAGACCCAGACAGGUCCGUAGUCUGCGACAGAGUCGUCGACCUCCACGCAGACCAGGACUUAACUCGUCUACGCCUCUCCACAACUGACGCACUUAGCAGCUCUGGCGCUCCACAAAAUGGAGGGCGCAUCCUACGUCACUUCCGGGGACGCCCCUGGACCUUGGGUCCACCCCGUUGGACCUAGGGAAGACGGAAGUUUUGGGAGGGCCGGAAAUUUAGGAGGACGUGGGCUUCUCUGACACUGCGAGUGACCGAACCCUGCUCCCGCGGUGGGUGGGGUCGGGGGCGAGAACUCGUUUGGGCGCGGCCGGCUGGUGCCGGAGUCUGGAGGGACAUCUGUUGACGUCGUUCGCCCCUGCUAAGUCCUUGGCGUUCAGUUCAUCAUCAUCUCUCCCAGAAGAGUCUCCUGAGAAAAGUGGCAACCCUUCUUGUAUCUAAAGUUUUUCUUAGACACCCAGAAGAUUACUAAUUAGGAGAAACUUAGCUUUGCAGAAAUACCUGGCCUUUCCUUAUCUCUUGCUGCUUGCAAUUUAAAUUUGCCCUCAAAGCAGGGAGCUCCGGAGUUCUUUUUUCAACCAUGCCACAGCUGUGUGGUUUUGUUGUGGUGAGAAGACUAAGGCACUGAAGUAUUUUUUAAAUGAAAGGAUUUUCACUGAUGAAAUGUUGAAAAUGGGACUGCAGCUAGAAGGCUGUCUUGAAUUGAGGCUGCAAUACAGAUUUCUGCAUGUCCGUCACUCUGGGAGAGUGGCUGGAAGAGGUUUCAAGCUGUUUUUUGUUGUUUUUUUGAGACAGUCUUGCUCUGUCGCCCAGGCUGGAGUGCAGUGGCGUGAUCUGGGCUCCGCCUCCCGGGUUCACGCCAUUCUCCUGCCUCAGCCUCCCGAGUAGCUGGGACUACAGGCGCCCGCCACCACACCGGCUAAUUUUUUUGUAUUUUUAGUAGAGAUGGGGUUUCACCGUGUUAGCCCGGAUGGUCUCGAUCUCCUGACCUCGUGAUCGGCCCGUCUCGGCCUCCCAAAGUGCUGGGAUUACAGGCACGAGCCACCGCGCCCGGCCUCAAGCUGCUUUUAAAUCCAAAUGGUAUUUGGUUAAUCCUCUCCGUUCAGAUUUCUGUAAUGUAACACAUGAAAGUUUACAAUUCUUUAGAAACAGACAAUGCCGUGCUUUCAAAGUGGGUGUGAAACACAGCCCUCCAUAUUAACUCCCGCGUUGUCCUGAUAAGGUUGGUAGACCUAGAAACUUAGGCAUAAAGAGAUUGCUUAACUUUGCUUUAAUGCUUUUAUGUAGAACCCAGUGCACCCCAUUUUUGAGAAGUGCCUGGAAUGUGGAGUUGCAUGCUUGCAACUAGAGUUAAACAGAGAAAAAGUAGUUCAGGAAGGAGAGCAACUGACCCUUAACUCGACCUCAGGGGCCUUUAGGCACUCAGAACUGAAACUUGGAUAGUUUGUAAGGGAUAAGCUUGUCCAUUCAUAGUUAUAUGUACAAAUAAAAAGAGCCUCAGUGAAGUUAGUUACCUAUGAUGUGGGAGUUAAGGAUGGGUUUAUAACACAAUAUGUAUUUAAUGUAUUUGUUCAAUGAAAAGAAAAAAAUGUUACCUAGUUGUUGGCCUGAUGAACAUUGGCAUUUUAUAAUGCACAAAUUGUCCCAAACCAGUUUGUAUUUAAUUACAUUUGUUUGGUUUCUGCAUAAUAAACAAGUCUUCCGAUUA